AUGAAUUCGAAUUGUGAUUCUUCUAUUAUCAGUGAUGAUUCCCUUGGAGAAAGGUUUUCUGUUGAUAUUUCAGAUUGCCCUAACAUUAUGGAAGCUGAUGCUGAAAUGAAGAAUGAUGGUAUGGAGAAGAAUCCCUCCAAGGUGGUUGCAGCUGUAGAUCAACUUGAAGUUCCUAUAACCCCCAAGGAUCAGGACAAAACCAUAUUUACAUGCCCUUUCGAUACCUUCACUUAUCGUAGGAUGCCAUUUGGGUUAUGUAAUACUCCAGGCACCGUUCAAAGGUGCAUGAUAGCGAUUUUUAGUGGCCUCCUUGAGAAAAACAUGAAAGUUUUCAUGGAUGACUUCACAGUCUAUGGGGAGAGUUUUGAUCAGUGCUUGAAUAGCCUAAAGCAAGCUCUUGAGAGUUUUUGGGUGUCUAUGGCUACUUUCACCGCAGUGAACUUCAUCCUUUACCGUAGCAAAGUUGCUCAACUUGUGUUUGUUGCUCUCGGUAUACCUUCACCAUGA